CCCGAGUCGCUCCCGCAACUAAAACGAGGUUUUAGUCUUAGGCGGAGUAAACGGCUUUCGAAACGAUUUAGGAGCACCAAAAGCAUGGACCGGCUUCGGCGGAGUUUCCGGGAGUCAUUUCGUCGUAAAAAGGAUGUCUCUGAGACGUGUAGUCCGCAACUCUGGGCGGCGGACGAGAUCGCUGUUCGUCAAGGGGACUGUUCAUUUCACGUCAAGUACCUCGGAUCUGUGGAAGUGUUCGAGUCCAGAGGCAUGACAGUCUGCGAGGAAGCGUUGAAAACCCUCCGAAACUCGAGAAAGCGACCGGUGAAAGGCAUAUUAUACGUUACAGGCGAUGGACUUCGCGUUGUUGACGACGAGACCAAGGAUUUGAUCCUAGAUCAAACGAUAGAAAAAGUUUCCUUCUGUGCUCCCGAUCGAAAUUACGAGAAAGGUUUUUCAUACAUUUGUCGAGAUGGCACGACACGCCGUUGGAUGUGCCACGGAUUCCAAGCAAUAAAAGAUUCCGGCGAACGUCUUUCGCACGCCGUCGGUUGCGCAUUCGCCGUUUGUCUCGAACGGAAGCAACACCGAGACAAGGAAUCCAAAGAGGCAGCUUUACAGGCGGUGACCUUGCAGCAGGGUCAUCAAGGUCAACCCGGUUAUCCCUCAUCCGUGACGGCAACCGUCGCCACGACGGCCACCCCCGCCACCAACGCAACGAAGGAGAACAAUAACUUCAGAAGAGCAGCUUCUAUGCGCUGCACUUCUUCAGCUAUUCGUGCUCCGAUCGAUCCUCAGGAGUGUAAACCGUCCCAAAUUCCUCCGGUGAAAGCCGUAGUGAAUCCGUACGCAAUCGAGCGACCUCACGCAACCCCGUCAAUGCUUGAGCGGCAGGGCUCCUUUCGAGGCCUGGGCACUCUGGGUGCUCAGUCUCCUUUCAAACGCCAGCUGUCGCUCAGGAUCAACGACCUGCCAUCGAAUAGACAGAGGCAACGUUCAAUGAGCCUCGAUACGGAGGCUACCCAAGGACUCGUUAGGGAUGCCGGAGGUUACCUCCAACAGGCCAUCCCCGAGAGCUCCCCACUGGGCAGUCAGCAGGCGUUGAAUGACGGUGGGAUCAAUAAUCCUGUCUCUGUGCUGUCGACGUCUCUCCCGCAGAACCCCAUUGGUGUAACCGGUGGCGUUGUUGGCGGAGCACCGGCCGCUGUUGGAGAUGCGGAAUCUAGCCUCGACAUCAGCGCCAUGUGCCAACAGUUGUCACUGGGGCUAGAUCUGCUAACCUCGAACACCGAGAGUGCGUCCACUGCAAAAACCACCAUUUCAUCACAACCCCUAGACCCCUUCGAUAGUCCCGUGCAUAACGGCACUUCAUCAGGUUUCCCAGAUCUGACCUUGCCCCCCACCUCCACGAACCCCUGGGCGGGUUCUAGUUCUAGUGGGCGCGGUAGUUCCGCGUCUUCUGUCUCUUCGCCGCGACUCCCGCACCAGCGAGCAGGUCAACUCGGCCAGCUGCGAAGUCAGAGUCUGUGCGAUCCCGCACGAGCAGAUUCCACGAUUCCUCGAUACUCUUCGACAAACCCCUUCAUAUCCGACAUAGCUCUUCAAAAACAACAAAAGGUCACAAACACGGCCUUCGAAGUGAGAUUGUAG